AUGGGCAGACGGGGUGCAGGCGGCAGGCGUCGAUCAGCGACAAUCGCAGUUGGGGGAGGGCUUGCACUUGUUUGUGCUUUUGUGAGUGAUGUGAUGGGCAUUGUCGCAAUGCAGGGUAUGAGUGAGGCUGGGACUGGUGGGCCCCGGCAGAUACUUUGGCCGGGGUGGGACGCGCAAGCACAGACGGAUCUAGCGGAAGCAUACCGAGUGCCCCAAGCAGCCCAGUGCCAGUCCACGACUCCUUCACCGCAACUGCAACCAAGUCCUCCGCCCAAAUGUUUUGAAAUGUCGGUGGGGGAUUCAGACAGCGUAGCCGUCCGCCGUGCCCUUGUCCGAGAACGCACCACGUGCCGCCUGUCCUGGCCUUGCACCUACCUAGCCUGGCCGCAAUCUGCCAUGCCAGCCCGUCUCCCCACGGCGCUGGGCCGCAAAUGGCCCAGGGGGAGGGGGGUUGAAUUUCGUCGAGACAGACUUGCUACUACCGCCAUCGUCGAUUUGGCAUUGCUUCUACUUACCAUAGGCACCCGUCGCCAGGGGGAGCGUGGGUGUGUGUGUUGCCAUAUAUAUCGCCAACAAGGGCCAAUCCCCUCCGGCGAACACACGCAGGUGUUUCUGGGGGUUACAGCUGUGUGGCGGCCUCGUGGGGGGGGAGGGGGUGGGAAAGGCGCGUCGUUCGUGAGCCCAAAGUGUUUCCACGGAGCUUCAGGGGCGUCGACGGCCGUCUCACAAGGCAGAAGGGCGUCCCCCAGCCUCCGCCAUUCUGGACACGCCUCGCCAAUAGGCUGCCCUGCAGCACAGCCAGACUUCUUGGGGAUUGAGAAUGCUAUGCUUCUUUCUGCUGUCUCAAACCCACCUUUGUGCUUGGGCCCUUUGCCGGCACGCAGACUUGUCGCCCGCUGCACGGCUAGGACACGUCUUAUAUGCACCGUGCCUUUGUUCCUUCUAGCGGCCUUCCAUGGCUCUUCCAAACUGGCCCAUGCUCUCCCAAUCCCAGCAUCUCUCCAGGAACCGCUGAGUCGCCGUCCUGGCCAUGUUUGCAAUGCAAUUCUAAUCCCACAUGGCCAGAGCCGUGUGCGGAAGGGAGAGCGAGCCCGCCCUCGCAGUGCUGGCAACAAUGGCGACGUGAGCGCCCAGCUGACACGAUACCUACAUGGCCCACUCGUGUCUAGACGCGACGAAGCCGUCGUGGAUGCGCCUGUUGGCAGAUACUCGAGUACUUACGUGGUUAUGUAUAUCUUGACACCACCUGCCUGCGAACAAAGCGAGCGCAAGCAGCAACCCGCAGGCCAGUUGGGAAUAGCCAGUCGUAAAAAGGCAGUCGACCAGCUUGUUGGGCCAAAGCAAUCUGGGCCAUUGACAAGUGUGUGUGUGUGCGCGCGCGCCGACAGCAAGCAGUGUCUCUUUGCCCCGUCGCCAACGUCACCAGGCCGUCGAGGACGCGGUGGCUCGGAAAGGACAACGGUUCGCCCCUCGGGAGCGUUGCAGCAGUGCCACUUGACGGUGCCGGGCGUUGCGGUUGGCGGGAUCAGUAGUUAG